AAUUAUUCAACAAAGAAUUUGGCGGUUUUCCUAAAGACCAUCCAAAAACUCAGAAAGCGGAAGCAAAAGAAAGGCAAGCAAGCAAAUUAGCAAUGUACUAGUAUUAUAUUGACCUUAUAAUUUAUAGGCAACAAAAUAAUAAAAAUAAAAGAAAAGAAAUGUGAAUGAUCAUUGAGUACUCUCUUUUCUAGUUCUGGCAUUCAUCAAAAAUGAAAAUGGCACAUUUUCUCAAAACCUUGUGUUUUAUUCCCUUGUUCUUCACGUACUACGGUUUCACACAAUCCAUUGCUUUUGGAAAAAGCGACGGAAUUCUAAAGAAUCCAAAUCAACCCUAUAAAGGAGGAUGGGAAUUGACAUCACAGAAUUCAGGAGUAUCAGCCAUGCACAUGUUCAUCUUUCCCAUUACAAACAAGGCCAUUAUGUUCGAUUCGGAUACGUUUGGUCCUUCUCAAAUUCAAUUGCUUUCCCACGAUUGUUACGACGAGCCCGACUGCUGGGCUCAUGCUGUGGAAUACGACAUCCACACCGCUGCCGUUAGACCACUCAAGAUAUCGAUGGACACGUGGAGCUCAUCGGGUGGACUAUCAGCUAAUGGGACCCUUGUCCAUUCCGGUGGUUGGAUCAACGGUGGAACGUCCGUGAGGUACCUCUCCGGAUGUAGCACCUGUCACUGGGAGGAAUACCCCUCCGCCCUCUCCGCCCCAAGAUGGUUCUCAGCGCAGCAGAUUUUGCCAGAUGGCAGUUUCAUAGUGGUUGGAGGCCGUCAAAUGUUCAAUUACGAGUAUAUCCCUACAGAGGGAAAUUUUAACGUAGACAAUUUCAAACUACCAUUUCUCCGAGAAACCACUGACCCGUAUGAAAACAACCUUUAUCCGUUUGUGUUCCUCUCCACCGAUGGCAAUCUUUUCAUCUUCGCCAAUCACCGUUCAAUUCUACUUAACCCCACCACCAAUAAAAUUGUCCGUCAUUUUCCCAUUCUCACAGGCGGGCCCAGAAACCACCCCUCGUCAGCCAUGGCUGCUUUGUUACCCAUAAAGGUCCAUGAUUCUAACCCAAAUCGGAUCCGGGCCGAAGUCCUCAUUUGCGGUGGUGCAAAGCCCUGUGCUUCAAGAUUAGCAGAGAAGGGUAUAUUCAUAAAUGCACUGCAAGACUGUGGUAGAGUUGAAAUAACAAACCCAAAUCCCACGUGGCAGAAAGAAAUGAUGCCAACACCGAGGAUUAUGGGAGAUAUGCUGGUCCUUCCCACAGGUGACGUCCUCAUGAUCAACGGGGCCAAAAAGGGUGUCUCGGGAUGGAACUAUGCGGACGACCCGAAUCUUACCCCGGUUCUCUACCAGCCGGAAAGCCCGAAAACCCAACGGUUCACGGAAUUGAUGUCCACUACUAUUCCACGAAUGUAUUGUUCCACGGCAGCAUUGUUACCGGACGGAAAAGUUUUGGUCGCCGGUAGCAACACAAACUAUUAUUAUAAAUUUAACGGCGUAAAAUACCCGACUGAGCUUCGGGUCGAGAAGUUUUACCCUCCAUAUUUUGACCCGUUACUUGAUACGGAUCGUCCUUCUAUUAUGUCAAACACGGAGGGUAAAAAAGUAAAGCACGGACAAAAUGUGGAAGUCAAAUUUGAGUUGAAGAGAACAAAUAUAAAUGAAUCAAAUGUGAGAGUGACAAUGUACUCACCACCCUUUACAACACAUGGAUUUUCAAUGGGGCAGAGACUAUUAGUAUUAGGGAUAAGCAGGUUAAGUAAUGUAGGAUCAGAAAUUUUCCGAGUUGAUGUCUUGGCUCCACCAACGGCCGAGAUUGCUCCACCGGGUUACUAUCUUUUGUUUGUUGUGUAUUGUGGACUACCCAGUGAAGGGAUUUGGAUCCAAAUUGCGAGUAAUUAGCCUUAAUAAUUUAAUUCCAUGUAAGAAAGAUAUAUAUUAGUAGAUUUAUUUUAUUUUGGUAUCGAA